UUUUGUUGCUUCCGCCGAAAAUUUCGAGAAAUUUUGAAUUUUCAAUGAAAAUAGGCGGUUUUUACAUUCAACGAUGUUUACAUUCUGUACUUUAUUGUUCAUGAAUGUAAACCUCAUGAGCGCAGUGCAAAAUGUGGACUCUGGAUACUGUGAUAUUGCCGGCGAAUCGUGUGGAACACAGACUGAUUUAUUGCAGGAGAGAUACAUAUUUUACGAUGUAAACCCGCCAGAAGGUUUUAAUUUACGACGCGACGUGUACAUGAGGUUCGCUACAUUGUUAGCAGCACAGAAUAGUGAGAAGCGGGAACUCUGGCAUUUAGUUUUACCGCCAUGGUACAGACUUUACCACUGGAAAUCUCAGACUUCAAAAUCGAAACCUGUGCAUUGGAGUUUAUUCUUCGACGUGGACUCUUUGAAAUCAUACGCUCCAGUCGUAGAACUCCACGAGGUAUUCGCAAAAUAUCCGAAUAAACCUUUGGAAAUUGACGUGCUUUUCAUUUUACAAAACUUUGAAGACGCUUUUGAAGGGGGUACGUUCGUUGAAAAAUGGGAGAUAGUUAAAGAUAAGUGUGAAUACGACGGCCUAUUCUGGGGUUAUAAGAACAUUACUGCUAAAGAAAUUAUUUGCGUCAAAUUCCAGGGCAAAAUCUCUAAGCUUUGGGAACUUAUCAACUUACACAAAUCGGCCAAAAAAGUCAUGUUCCAUCACGCUGAGAUACCUCUACACAAUAAUUAUGGCUCCAAAAGUUACUGGGAAUGCCGAAAAAGCAUGAAAUUCAAUGAAGAACUCGUUAACAUAGCUAAAAAUUUCAUAAGGAACCAUUUGAAUUGCGAUUCCGAUAAAUGCUCAAGCAUCAUCAGCAUUCAUUGGAGGCGCCAGGACUUCGCUCGUAGUCGCAAAGACGAAGUACCCUCCAUACCCGGCACGGUCAAACAAAUCCAGAAAUUCAUUAAGAAAAAUGCACCAACAAUAAACAAACUCUUCGUAGCAACCGAUGCAUCAACUACAGAAAUUAAUACGUUAGAAAAGGAAUUGGCAAAGUUGAAUUUCCAAGUAUACUUCUACAUGCCCAGUAAAUCGGUUAUUGAUACGUACAAUGACGGAGGUAUAGCGAUCAUCGAGCAAAUAAUAUGUUCUCAUGGAGCAUUUUUCAUCGGCACCCAUGAAAGUACAUUUAGUUUUAGAAUCCAAGAGGAACGUGAGAUUUUAGGGUUUGAUAGUACAACUACGUUCAACAUAUUGUGUCCGGAUCAUGGCAAAUGUGAAAAACCUUCAAAAUGGACUAUUGUUAAUUAAAAUGAUCGAAGUAACCUGUAGACUUAAAAUACAAUUAGGUGUCUGCUGCAAGAAUCAGAGGCAAUGUUAGUAAAUGUUUUUGAUUUUUGUUUAGGUAUUUAAAAUUGAAUUGAGAAAAAUAUUACUACUUUAUGUAAGAAAAAUAUUAUUUAAAAAAUGCAUUUAUUAUUAUAAGGAUAUACUCAAAAGUGAGUGCCAUAUUAAUAAUUAUAUAAGC